GUCUGGGGUCCUUCCCCGGUAAAAUCGAAAAGGCGCCCGGAAGAGAAGGUCCAGGGAUUUUGGCCCCGUCUACGUCAAAGAGUUAAAAAGAGAAACGAAAAGAAGUUUGCAUAUUUCCAGAAAAUGUCUUUGCUGCCAUGCCAGGUGGCAGACCAGGACCCGAAGACAGGCCUUGGUGUACAGGCACAGUCGGGAAACGGCCUUCUCGUUUUCAGAUUGACGGGAAUCGCCUCUUUUUUUGAAAGUUCCUCUUGACCCAUAGAAGCCAAAAGACAAUAGGUUCUGCACAUGCAUGUCAAGACAGGGCCACCAGGUGCGUGGACAGGUGCUUGGAUAUGGAUAUCCUUCCUAUGCGUGCCUUGUCCAAUCCAUUCCAUGUCCUUCCAAACGUCCCAAAUCCAAACGUCCCAUAUCCAAACGUCCCAUAUCCAAACAUCCCAGAUCCAAACAUCCCAGAUCCAGACAUCCUAGAUCCAAACAUAAAAAACCAGACGGCCACUCCAAACAGCCUGCCCAGUUCAAUUCGUGCGGCUCGGUUAUUAGCCCUGAACCCAGAUCUCGCCGCGCACUGCCACCCAAUCUAACUUAGUAUGGCUUAGCUUAGCUGAUUUUAUCCAACUAGACUUACUAUUCACCCCCGA